AUGACCGUUGGUGUCGCCUCCAAGCUGCUCGAUGCUCCCUUCUCGCAUGUGAUCAACGGAAAGACCGUCGACACCAAGGGAGCCAAAUCUCUCGACGUCAUUGACCCUGCUACAGAAAAACCCAUCGCACAAGUACCUAUUGCCACCAAGGACAUCGUCGACCAAGCCGUCGAUGCCGCACAAGCUGCCUUCCCAGCUUGGUCCAAGACCACAUGGGACGAGCGCGCCAAGCUACUCGAGCAGUACGGCGAGGAAUUCAAGAGCAUGAUCCCCGAGUUGGUCAAGCUCCUCACUGCCGAGCAGGGGAAGUCGCUCCAGUUCGCCCAGCAUGAAUGCGACAGCAUCCUGCCAUGGUUCACAGAGCUCGCUAAGGUACGCCUCGACGAGAAGGUCGUUCACGAGAAUGAUACCCACAAAGCCGUCGAGAGAUACGUACCUCUCGGAGUGUGCGCUGGUAUUGUUCCCUGGAACUUCCCGAUCCUGCUGAUGCUGUGGAAGGUAACCCAGGCCGUGAUCACAGGCAACUGUAUGAUCAUCAAACCCUCGCCUUUCACUCCUCUUUGUGACAUUCGCAUCAUCGAGGCUGCACAGAAGUUCUUCCCUCCUGGUGUCCUCCAAAUUGUCGUUGGCGAUGACAAUCUUGGUCCUUGGAUCACUGAACAUCCUCGUAUCCAAAAGAUUUCGUUCACUGGCAGCACCGUGACAGGAAGACUGGUGGCCAAGAGCUGCUCUGCCACGCUCAAGCGCUUCACAUUGGAGCUUGGAGGCAACGAUCCAUGCGUUGUGCUACCUAGCCAAUCCGAUAUGGCCACUACAGCUCAGAACGUGCUGUUGAGUGCCUUCUUCAACAGUGGUCAGGUCUGCAUCGCCGCCAAGCGUAUCUACAUCCACGAAGGCAUCUACGACGAGUUCAAGGCUACGCUAGCUCAGGUAGUCCAGCACUUCAAGGUCGGCCCCGGUAGCGAAGAGGGCGUUAUGUUUGGUCCCAUUAACAACAAAAUGCAGCACAGCAAGGUCGCUGAGUUCUUCGAGGAAGCCAAGAAGAACAACUUCAACUUUGUUGCCGGUGGUGACCAGGCUGAACAGACGCAAGGCUACUUCCACCCUCUCACCAUCGUCGAUAACCCUCCUGAGGACAGCCGUUUGGUUACUGAGGAGCCGUUCGGCCCCAUCGUUCCUCUGUUGAAGUGGAAGGACGAGGCGGACCUUAUCAAGCGAAUCAACGACACGCAAUACGGACUUGGCUCAACGAUCUUCGGAAGUGACAUCGAGGUGGCAGAACGAAUCGGUCGACAGAUCGAGAGUGGCACUGUCUGGAUUAAUUGCCUUGUCCAGCAUCACCCCAGCGUUCCUUUUGGCGGCUUCAAGAGCUCUGGUAUCGGCGCGGAGCACGGCAGGAACGGUCUGGCCGCUUACUGCCAGGUCCAGGCGCUUUGGAUUCCAAAGGUGUGA